UAGACGAGAAACAAAAACGUAGCAAGCUUCAGCAAUGGAGUCUUCUCCAUCUACGCUUUCGCAUUGGGAAUAUUUCUUGCUAUUAAUUCUGCGUCCGGUUUUAGCUAUCUCUUUCGUUCUCUCAUUCAUAUCUCUGGGGUGGUUUUUGGCAUGGAAGCUGGUGCUGGUACACGUACCUCUUGUGCAAGAGAUUUUCGGGUUGCGUAAAAAAAUCCAUAAACCCAAACCUAUAACCCGUCGAUUUUCCAGAUAUUACAACUCUAUUAAUGCCCGCAAUUCCGCUUCUGGGGAGACCAAGGCAGAGUGAAGGAAAAAAAAAAAAAGGCUACUGCAUAUUGGUGGAUCUCAACAAAGAAAUUAACAAUGAAGACCCAAGUUUAUAGAUGAUACAGAUUAUGCUUUCUGUAUGUAUAUAUUUAUGUUUUGGAAUUCGUACAAGGAGAUGCAUUACAUUAACUUAAGCUGAUUGUUGGGAAUUUCACCAAUUUGAAA